UGGAAGAGAGAGUGCGUAGAAUGGCUGCGUCUAGCCGUAGUGUUUCAGAGUCAGCAAUAGAACCACUGAACUGCUAGCCACAAGCACAGGAAGCGCACGCACCACAAGCGCUGAGUUUCUGCCAAAAAACUAAAUUGGGUGGGAGGAGGGGAAAAGAAACAGCGCAAGGACUUCCUGAAAACGUCAGUUGUGUAGGGGUCAAUCCAGAGUUAUCGGCUAAGAAAAACAAACAAAACAUUAAGAGGAAGGAAUCUGGGGGAAAAAAUGGAAAAGCAGUCGAGCGCAGGCGGCUACGGAGCCGAUGGUCUUGCACACCCAGGGGUUCCUAGCAGAAAGCCUCCCCGACCUCAAGGAAGUAACGGUGGAUCUAGACAGCCGAGCUUUGAAGCUUUGGACAGCCCAACGGGAUCACACGUGGAAUGGUGUAAACAGCUUAUCGCAGCCACCAUCUCCAGCCAGAUCUCCGGCCCUGUCCCCCUAGACCCGGUGUCCCGUGAUUUUAAGGUUGGAAGGAGGACAGAUCUAAGGGUGUCCAAGAGGCCAGAUCUGAGGUCCCAGGACUCUGGUGACGGGGCGAAUGGCUUUCACUUGGACAGCGACAGUGAGCGCGCUCCUCACACCGCGGCGCUGAGAGACGGGAACAAGCAGGCCCAGAUGGAAGAGGCACCGCUGGUCCCUGGGGAGUCCAUUAAAGCCAUCGCUAAAGAUGUGAUGUACAUCUGCCCAUUUACUGGGGCUGUAAGUGGUACACUGACGGUUACAGACUACAAGCUGUACUUCAAGAGCCUGGAGCGGGACCCCCCCUUCAUCCUGGACGUGAACCUGGGGGCCAUCAGCCGCCUGGAGGCCAUCGGGGUGCAGAGCCAUGGGGAGAACACACGGGGCAUGGAGAUCGUGUGCAAGGACAUGAGGAACCCCAGGUUCGCCUAUAAGAAGGAGGAACAAAGUAAACUGGAAAUCUUCGAGAUGCUGACCAAGCAUGCCUUCCCCCUCUCCAAUGACCUGCCUCUGUUCGCCUUCCUGUACAAGGAGCCGUUCCCGGAGGAUGGGUGGAAAGUGUACGACCCUGCUGCAGAGUACAAACGAAUGGGCCUGCCCAAUGAGAGCUGGACCAUCAGUAAGAUCAACAGCAGCUAUGAGCUGUGUGACACGUACCCGGCCCUGUUGGUGGUGCCCACCAGCAUUAAGGAUGACGAGCUGAGGAGGGUGGCCUCAUUCAGAGCCAAGCACCGCAUCCCUGUGCUCUCCUGGAUCCACCCGGAGACGCAGGCCACCAUCAUACGCUGCAGCCAGCCCCUGGUCGGCCCCACGGACCGCCGCUGCAAGGAUGAUGAGCGCUACCUGCAGACCAUCAUGGACGCCAACGCGCAGUCGCACAAGCUCACCGUCUUCGACGCCCGGCAGAACAGCAUGGCAGAAACCAACAAGGCCAAGGACGGGGGCUACGAGAGCGAGAGCUUUUACCCAAACGUGGAGCUCAACUUCCUGGAGAUCCCCAACAUGCAUGUCAUGCGGGAGUCUCUGCGGAAGCUGAAGGAGGUGGUGUACCCCACCAUCGACGAAGCACAUUGGCUCUCCUCUGUGGAUUCCACGCACUGGCUGGAGUACAUCAGGCUGCUCUUGGCUGGAGCGGUGCGGAUCGCGGAUAAGCUGGAGUCCGGGAAGACGUCUGUGGUGGUGCACUGCAGCGACGGCUGGGACCGCACGGCCCAGCUCACCUCUCUGGCCAUGCUGAUGCUGGACAGCUACUACCGCACGCUGAGGGGCUUCCAGGUUCUGCUGGAGAAGGAGUGGGUCAGCUUCGGACACAAGUUCGCCGCGCGCGUGGGACACGGGGAUGAGAACCACGCCAACUCGGAGCGCUCUCCCCUCUUCGUGCAGUUCAUAGACUGCGUCUGGCAGAUGAUGCGUCAGUUUCCUGCUGCCUUCGAGUUCAACGAGCUUUUCCUCAUCACAAUCCUGGACCACCUCUUCAGCUGCCUGUUUGGUACAUUCCUGUACAACAGUGAGCAGGAGCGAGUUAGCAAGGAGGUGCCGAGUAAGACCGUCUCCCUGUGGUCCUCCAUCAACAGCCAAGCGGAGGACUUCACCAACCCCUUCUACAUCAACUAUGAGGACCACGUGCUGUACCCCGUCGCCAGCCUGCGCCACCUGGAGCUGUGGGUCAGCUACUACGUCCGCUGGAACCCCCGCAUGAGGCCACAGAUGCCAGUGCACCAGAGCCUGAAGGAGAUGCUGGUUCUGAAGGCGGAGCUACAGAGGAGGGUGGAUGAACUGCAGAGGGAAGCGUCUUCAUCACGCUCCAUCUCCUCUUCCUCGGACCACGCCUCUUCGCCCUCCCACGGUGGCACGCCCUUGCACACUGCUGUAUAAACAUUGACAUAUGUGUGUGUUUGCACACAUACACACACACACACACACACACGAAAACACAGUGAACACAAUGUACGUGCGCAAUUUAAUUUGCGCUCGAUAGGCGUCUGAAAUUAUAUAUAUUUUUUCAAUUGAACUUUGAUCAACUUAUUGAAAGUUGUACUGAUGCAUUAUUCCUACAGGUAAAAAGGAAUAGGUUAUAUUUAUAUUAAUUGAUGCGUUUGAAUAAAACCAUUUCAAAUUGUUAUUUAACACCGUCUUCCUGACAUGUAAAUAUGAAUAGAAUAGAUGAAUAUAUUUGUACUUCUAUGGACAAAAAUGACCUGCAGAAUAACUGAAUCCUGCAGAAGGACGUGUGCUUAUAAUCAAGUUUAAAAGUCACCAAACCAUGGAAAAGGGAUUUUCAAAAUUCUAUUAUUUUCAUUUUGGAUAGAUUGCUACCUGAAAUAACUUUGUUAUUUAAGCAUGUUUAGUGCAGCAAACCGAUAGUUAAGAUUUAAAAAAUAAUCUGACAUGCAAACACAAAGACACAGAUAUGUACAAAUCGCUGUCGCUGAUACAAACAAGUGGACACUUUGUAUCCUGUAAAACACUUUGUUGGUGUUCAUCUCCAGUGGAAGUUUAUUCUUUUUUGACUGGAUUAUCUGGUAGGAUGCACACAGCAGAGUGUAGUGAGGGACAGUUUUUUUUUGGGCGGGGGUGGUUCUUGAAGAAGGUCCCCAGAUGUGCUUUAAUCACACACCGAUCUGCUUCCAAGUACCACCCCCAACCGCCCACCCCCCCGGCCCAAAUACAGGAGACAGACAGUACAGUAAUACAAUAUACUUCUGCUGAAGUCAUGAUAUCACACUCUCUGUAUCAUAUCUGCCAUGCAUUCUCUGUUCAAAAUCUUAUUGACUGUGCAUUCUGGGUACUAUUGUGACUGCAUAAUCUGUUUUUAGCGUUCUCAGUGCUAGUUCUUGCCAUUUUAUAUUAUAGUGCGAAAGUCCAAACAAUGUUUAAUGUGUGUGUGCUUACCUUUUUUUGAUGGUUCUCAAGGAAAGGAGUGAAUAUUUUAUGUGUCUGGGUCAGCCAUAACCCUCUUCAGUAUUUUGCUUAUUUGUUCCACAACGUUAGCAGCCGUAUGUUGGCACAGACACCAGCAUUCUCUAUCAGGUGGAGUGUGAGCUGUUCAUCAUGACCUGGUUGAAUCACCUGUGUAAAACGCAGCCUUGCUGCGGUUAUAAGGGUAAAUCAUAUGUCCUGUACUUUGCUUUAUGAUGCCACUAGACCAUGGUACAACCAGGCCGGGGGCGUAAAUGAAUUUUUUUGUAUUAUACCAGCGUAUGAAGGAGUUUCAGAUAUGGAGGUGCUGUUCAAAUGUGUUUUCAUUUUCACACUUGGUUGCCAGCGCAUUAAUCCAAGUCAUUCUCAGUGUUCUACCGUUGCCACAGUGUGUUUGGAGAGCCCCCUGACGGCUUUGUGAACAGGCCUGUUAUUGUAGAUCUGUUCUCCUUUUUCAUUUCAAUAGCAACCAGAAAUCUCCAGGUAUAUAUUCUAAUGGAACUUGUUAAAUUUUACCUAUUGAUAAUAGUCACUAAUUGUGAAUUGUUUUGAGUUAUUUGAAAAUGUAGAUACAAGAAUGUGUAUGUAUUUCACAUUUGUAAUAUGAGAAUGAUGUUUUGAUGAGUUGAUUUUAAUUUUUUCCCCCCAUUGAUCAAGACAGAUGCUGAUACGUUGAGAAGUGAAUGACCAGCUUGUACAUUGUGGUUUUUCAUGAGCAAGUCACUUUAUAACAAUGUGUCAUAUGUCUUUGUUUCCGAUCCCUUUGUACACAACAAAAUUAGUGUUUAUCCUGUUAUUUCCCUGGAUAUAGGCAUGCACUUGUUGAGAUUUUUAAAAAUAGUUGUAUUCAUCCAUUCAACUGUGAAGUGCUUAAAUUUUAUGUUGUUUUUAAUAAGUGGUGUAUUUUAAUUAGGCCUUAAUGUUAUUGGAUCAUUUCUCAUCCAAGGUAAUGGCCAUUCAUUUGAUAAAUGGCAGUAAUUUCAAUAACUGGUAUGUGAAAACAAACUCAAAUCGCCAUAUUCACAGUGCCUGUGGUGCUUGAUUUUAAUUGUGGUGUUAAUUUAGUCUAUUACCUUCUCCAUUAUGUGAUGGUCCUCUAAGGUGUAAGUGUAACACCCGGCUUGCAUAGAUGUCAAAUCAAUGUGCUUCUGUAUACAUGUGAUUUCCGCUUUCUGUUGCUUUUUUACUGGUACGUGUUUAUAUUAGGGGUGUCUUGUAGUCUCUCCCUGGUGUAUUUAUGGUGUGAUAUGAAGUCCAUGUGCCAUUCCUUUUACAAAUUUCUGAAGACUUCAAAUAUUCCUUCAAAUAAAAAUGAAAUAAAAAGA